AUGUCUCUGAGUAAGCACAUCGACCCCGAGGAGCUCAUCGAGCAGGCUGCCGACCACCCUAUUCUCGGUCUACUCGAGCACCCUGCUGGCAAGAAUGUUCGCGCUUACCACCGCGGUGCCCACGCUGGCCGAUACAACACCGAGCCCAUCCCCAAGUACCAGAUCCCCCAAAAGGGUCUGGAUGCCACUGCGACCUACCAGCUGCUCAACUCGGACCUCAGCCUCGACGGCAAGCCCACGCUCAACCUCGCCUCGUUCGUGCACACCUGGAUGCCCGAUGAAGCCACAAAGCUCAUGACUGAGACCAUGAUGAUCAACAUGUGCGACCAAGACGAGUACCCCGCCACCAUGGCCAUGCACGCGCGUUGCGUUUCCAUGCUCGCCGACCUCUGGAAGGCGCCCACCGAGAAGGACGAGAACGGCAAGCGCAAGCCCGCCAUGGGUGUUGCUACCACCGGCUCUUCGGAAGCCAUCAUGCUCGCCUGCCUCGCCGCCAAAAAGCGAUGGCAGCACAAGAUGAAGGCGCAGGGCAAGUCGUUCAAGGAGCCCGGUCCUAACAUGGUGUUUGGCUCCAACGCCCAGGUGGCCAUCGAGAAGUUUGCGCGCUACUUUGACGUCGAAGAGCGUCUGGUGCCCGUCAGCCACGAAUCGCGCUACUGCCUCGACAUCAACAAGGCCAUCGAGAUGGUCGAUGAAAACACCAUUGCCGUCGUUGUGAUUCUCGGCUCCACCUACACGGGCCACUACGAAGACGUCGAAGGCAUGAGCAAGUUGCUCGACGAAUACGAGAAGAAGACGGGCAUCGAUAUCCCCAUCCAUGUAGACGGUGCCUCGGGCGCCAUGGUUGCUCCCUUUGCCACGCCCGAUCUCAAGUGGUCGUUCGAACUGCCCCGUGUCAAGAGCAUCAACACGUCGGGACACAAGUUUGGCAUGGUCUACCCCGGUCUCGGCUGGGUUCUGUUCCGAGACAACGAACAGGUGCCCAAGGAGCUCGUUUUCGAGUUGCACUACCUCGGCUCGGUCGAGUACUCGUUCGGCCUCAACUUCUCCCGUCCCGCUCACCCGGUCAUCGGCCAGCUGUUCAACUUUAUCAACCUCGGCUUCGACGGAUACCGCCGCGUGAUGCAGUCAGAUCUGCAGAACGCUCGUCUGCUCUCGCGCGCUCUCGAAAAAUCGGGACUGUACGAGGUUCUGUCCGAGGUUCACAAGCCUCUGCCGGCUCCUUCUGCUGCCGCUGGCGGCGCCGCGGAGCUCAUCAAGGAGGCUGGUGCCAAGCUGACGGGCAAGGACAAGCACCACCACGCCUUCGACGAGACCUCGGCCGAAUUCUACCGCCCCGGUCUGCCUGUCGUGUCGUUCCGCUGGUCCAAGGCGUUCCGCGAACGCAACCCGCAGCUGGAACAGCGCUGGAUCCAGACGCUCCUGCGUGCCAAGGGCUGGAUCGUGCCCAACUACAACCUCUCGCCCGACCUCGAGGACAUCGACAUCCUGCGUGUCGUCGUGCGCGAAAACUUGAGCGAGAGCAUGAUCGAACAGCUGGUGUACGACAUUGUCACCGUCACCGAGAGCUUGGAGAAGCAGAGCAAAGACGGCGGCUUCAGGCACUUGGCCGAGGUGACGAGCUCGCACCACAAGGAUACCACCAGCGGCAAGGACGCCAGCAAGUCGACGGGCCACCAGAAUGCGGCUCACGACAAGCACCGUGGUGGUCUGCCUAAGGGGUCCGGUGUUAAGGCUAAGGGGUAUGCUAAGCAGUGCUGA